AUGAGUUAUAAUUCAUAUGACAAUGGUGAACAGUAUGAUGCUUUCUUUGAUGCUGGGCAUUCCGAGCAUGUUGAGCAAACUGCUGCACAGAAACAAAGUCAUUAUAAUAUGACAAGAAGAACACAGAUGGAGGCUGUUCUGCGUAAUCAAAUCGCUACAAACCCUCAGGAUCUUACUACAGGAAGACACAGAUAUCAGACAAAUAUCCCUCCACCAAUAUUUGUUACACCGGAUGGACGCUCAAUGAGAUUUACUAUUCAACAUGGAGAACCACGUAGAGCUGAAUUUGUUCAGAAAAUUAUUACACACGGUGGUGCGGUAAUUGAACCUGGAAAAGAUGUUAUUCUGUUAGGUCAACAAGAUGCCAUUCUGUUAGGUCAACAUGGUGUGUUUAGUAUUGACUUUAUUGAUGAUUGUAUUGAACAAGGCCAAAUUAUUGCAAUUGCGCCUUAUAUCAAUUGUAAUACUGAAGAAGAACCCAAUUUGAUUGAUCCUAGAAUUGCAGCUAUUAGUCAGCAAAGUAAUCUAAGUGAUCAUCCCAACUCACAGAUACCAGAACUAACUGCAGCACAACUACAACAAUUGGAACCGCAACAACAAGAGUCGGUGCAUGAACCACUAUUCCAACCUCAGCCGUUACAUCAUCAUUAUGAACCAGCAAUAGAAGCAGAAUUUCCCCCACCACGACAACAACAAUCACUGCCACUUACACCGCCACCACAACAGAACCAACAACAUGAGAUACAACCACAACAACAACAGCAAAACGAAAUGCCAGUACAAGAGCAGGAACUUGUUAGCACGGCAUCAUCGAGUGUUCAAAAAUCAACAACAAAAACUGCCAAAAAAUCAACCAACCGUUUUACUGAAGAACAGGAUGAAUUUAUUCUUGAACGUAUCAGAGAAAAUCCUAGACUCAGAAAUUCUCAUAAAUUUUACGAUACAUUGGCAACGAUGGAAAUUCUUAACAAUCAUACCCAAAAUUCCAUAAGAUCUCGUUACCGAAGACUUUUACAACACCGUUUGUAUUAUGUUUAUAAAAUUGAUGAUUUUGAUAGAUUGGUCUAUGAUAAGCACGGUGAAAAGAUAAAAGUGGGAAUUGAAGAUAUUGGCGGUACUUUGAAAAACAAGUUUACUGCAGAAGAUGAUUAUAUAUUGUGUAAAGCUUUAAAAGAUGCUAAAAGAGUUGUUUACAGUGUUUUUUCAGAUUUGUACAGAAAAAAUCCACAUCACAGUAUUAACUCCUGGAGGGAUCGUUACAGAAAGUUUGUUGGUGAUGGAGAUAUAGAAGCAUACAUCACAUAUUACGAAAAGAAGAUUUCAGUUGGUGAAACUCCUGAAGGUUUAAGUAGAGUAGUGGCCAUAACAAAACCGAAGAAGAAUCUGUCAAAGGAGGUGGAUGCCGAAGAAGAAUCAAGAGAAAGUGUCUAA